ACUAACAACCGGAUGUAGACUGCAAUCAGGACAUAAACAACAAAGAUGUCUGCUAAAGACGAAAACUGGACAGAAUUGCGAAAUUUAACUCAUGAUUGUUUAAUAUUUCCCGAGAAUCCAAGUCACUGUGAUACUGUAGUAGUAGCUAGAAAAAUAACAGCUUCAUGUUCUUUUAUAGGAUGUGUGUUUAUGAUAUCUGUGAUAUGGUUAUUUAAAAAAUACUCAAUAUUUUCACAGAGGUUAAUAUUAUAUUUAAGCAUUGGAGCUGUAAUGGAUAGUAUUGCUUAUUUAAUGAGUGGUAUGAGACCUGAUGGGCCGACGUGUAAUUUUCAAGGAUGGUGGUUGACAUAUUUUGAUUGGACAGUAUUAUUAUGGGUGGCUUGUAUAACUGGUAAUCUUUAUAUGAAUGUAAUUAAAGCUAAAUUAACAGAUAGAUAUGAAUGGGCUUACCAUGUGUUAUGCUGGGUUUUCCCCCUGGUAAUAUCUUGCCUUCCGUUUAUAGGAGAUCAAUAUGGUCCGGCUGGUGCUUGGUGUUGGAUUGUUGAAAAUUGGAGAUGGAGACUAGGAAUUUGGUAUGGUCCAUUGUUUUUGAUCAUUAUAAUGCUAUUUGUGACUUAUACGUAUAUAAUAGUUAUUUUGAAACGAAAGGCAACAACAUGGGAAGGUAUAUAUGAUCCUGAUACAGAAAGAAAUCAUCAAUUAUUAAAAGAAGAUAUAAAACCAUUAAGAUAUUAUCCAUUUGUAUAUCUGGCAGUUUCUAUAUUCCCUCUUAUUAAUAGAAUUCAGAAUGCUCUUUCACCUGAUUAUCAUUUAUUCUGGUUGGUAUUACUUGCCUCUAUAUCAGCUCCACUACAUGGUGCAUUGAAUGCUGUAGUAUUUGGCAUGGAUAUAGAAACAUUAAAGCGUCUUUCACCAGCUCAAAUCAGGGUGGCACUUCAAGCUCAUCUUUACCAUCAACCUGUCCGUGAAUAUCCAGUAGCCUUUGGUGUUCCCGAUACCUACCUAACUCCAGAGACAGUCUCUCCCAAAUUCCAGAACAUAUCCUACUCUCAACUACAUUGACAUUUGUGUUAUUUAGAUCUAAAUUAUUAAGACUUUUUGUAAUAUACAUAAAUGUUUUACCUCCCUAAAGCUCUCAUGUCCCAUCACUUACACUAAUAGUGGCUUUUAUUAACAAUGGAAAUGGGGUAUAAUGUCUUGUCAAUAUGUUUGAUACAAACAUAAAAAUAUGGUUAUUUUCAUUUCGAUGGUUACAUGUGUAAUGUAGGGAAAGGGAGUUUUGACAUCAGCAUUUCCUCCUAUACAUUCAAGAGUUCUGUGUGAGUAUCUCAAUGUGUAUUCAGAUCCCAUCGACCGGCUGGUCACAAAUCAUAAUCAGCCCUUUAGACUCCACCCAUGGCAAGUGAAGGCCAGACUUGAAAAAUCCUGAAUAUUCUUCUCGACCAACGCUGAAAUUCGAACUGGGGACUUUCUAUUUAUUUGAGAGUUCAGUGGCCUGAAUGCUUGCCCCCCAGGUUCAUUGCAUUACAUUUUGAAAAACUUUUUAUGGCCUGGUCUAAUGGUAUACAACUGUAUCUUUAAAGCUUGCAGUGGUGAGUCAUUGAAGUCUGAUACACCCACAUUUUCCGUGGGUCUGUGUGUCAGUUCUUUGUUUGUGGACACUGCAGGUUGCAAUUUUUAUCCGAUUUUGACGAAUCUUAAAAAAUGUUUAUAUUCCAAAGAUCUGGAUUCAUUUCAAUAUUAGCAUUUAUCAGUCUGUACCUUCAUGAAUUAUGGCCCCUUAUUUUACGAAAAAUCCUGUAUUUAGCUUCAGGCCCCUCUAGAGGUCACAAUUUUUAUCUUAUUCUGAUGAAAGUUAAAAUAUAUGUUUAUAUCCCAAAGAUCUCUGUUCCAUUCGAUAUUGGCGCAUGUUGGACAUAACUUCCUGGAUUAUGGCCCCUGAUUAUACGAAAAAUUGAAUCUUUAGUUUGUGACCCCUCUAGAAGUCACAACUUUUAUUUAAAAACCAUUCACCAUUAAACCAUAAAUUCACUUAAGUUCCCAUUUCGUGAUUAAAACCUCCCGUCAUAAUAGUGGAAAAGCAUGCAAGGUUGUGGACCAUCUAGAGGCCACAAUUUUUGUUAGAAAUUAGGGCGCAUCAGAAUUUCCGUUAUGGAUUUAUGCCCCCUGGUCUUUUACGCAAAAUGUGAAAUAUGUACCACAUGUACAUAUGUACCAUAUGUUCCAAUGCUUCACAUUUGAUUAGAAAUAAGUCUGUUCAAAACUGUAGCCUCUAUCCGGUCAUAAGGUUUUUGGAAUAAGGGGGUAACUUCAGAACUGGGUUCGUCUCUAAUGACCCCAAUGAUACACACCAAAUUUGAACUAAAUUCGUUAAAAACUGUAUCCUGCUCCGAAGAUUUUCGUUAAAGGGUUGAUAACUUCAUAAAUGGAAAGUUGGGGAACGCUGAAUAUCGCUAGGGUUCAGCCUCCCAUGAACUCAUUGGUUCACACCAAACCUGAAAAAGAUUGGUUUGAAACUGGCCUCUGUUGUGUUCACAAAGUUUUCGGCUGAGUGGACAUAACUCUGGAAGGAAAGGUUAUAGAACACUAAUUAUAAAUACGUUUCAUUCUCUUAUGACCCCAAUGCUUCAAACAGAAUUUGAAAAUAAUCUGUUAAGAAAUAUAGCCUUUACUCUUUCCAAGCUUUUACUGAAAUGGGGAAAUUACUGUGGUAUGAUGCACAUCCAAUUCAAAUUCAUCCAGGAUCUUUUGAUUUUUUACACAUAAUUUAAGUUUUGUCGAAAUCGGGCAAAUAUUGAGGCCUUUGUAGGGUCCACAAACUUUGAACAUAUUUCAAAUUCAAACUCAUCCGAGAUCUUUUGAUCCUUAUUAUAUACUUGUAUGUGAAGGUUCAUCUGAAUUUGACAAAAAUUAUGGACUCUGGAGUAUCCACAAACUUUGUACAUAUUUCUAAGCCUGUCAAAAUAUAUUGCUAUAUUGUAAUACAAUCGUGCGCGAUAAAUUUUUACUGUAUCGAUAUUCUUCUACUUUUGUUUUAUUUUGCUGAGCACUUGAGGGUUGUUGUAAAUGUUAGCUAGACAGCUUAUAAAGACUUUCUUAAACACAAAAUUUGUUAUUUGUUUGCACAUUUGGACCAAUACAAGUCAAUCGUAAUUACUCAUGUUGUUUUUGCCUUGACGAAUGCUAUUACUAAAUAUAGUGUGGUGUUGCCGUGAUCAUAUAUUACAUUACAUACGAUCCAUAGUUUUACAAAGUGACCAAGAAAAACAGAGCAAAAUGUUAAUAAGAAUAAAAAAAAGUCUAAUGAAUAAAUUAUUGUGAUGUAAGACAAUAAUGUUUUUUUAUUGAAAACAGAGUCUAUUAAACAUUGUAAAAGUGUCUUUUACAAGCAUGUUACUAGUUUUUUUUGGUACUGUCUCCAACACUGAAGUAGGAUAGCCUAUAAGUGUCCAAAGACAAAACCAAAGUUGUAGAAUAAUAUUUUAUAUAAAACUUAUAUAUAAAAGAAAUAAACAAUAAAACUAUUCAAAAUAAAACUAUGCUUUGUGAUAAGCUCUGAUUUUAUUAGAAGUAUUGCAAUACUGCAAUAUAUUCCAAUAUUUUUUGUCAAAAAAGUGAUUAUCUGAUCAGCAUAAAAUUUAUAUGCAUUAUUAUAUAAUGUAUUAUACAUCCAGAUUCAUCGUGUUUUUAGCUAUCGCUCCUUGGCAAAUUUUCCUUUCGGAUAACUGCUGUCAAUACAUUGCUGCUGUUUAGCUAUCUCUCAAAUUAGCUGCUAAGCAUUGGGGUCAUGAGAAAAUGAAAACCCACAAUAUUCAGUGUUUCGCACCCCCCCCCCCAUUCCGCUGUACAUUACCACCCACCUCCCUAUCCCCCCAACCCUGUGGCCAGUUCAGGUACAGUCGACAUGAAACUUGGCGUCAUAAUACUAAGAGGGUGCCAAUGAGAUCAUGCUUGGUUCCUCAUCCAGACAAUACUAUUGUAUUUGUUAAUCAAAUAACAUUGUAUCAAUUUUAGUUGGCUAUUCAGGCUCACAGAGCCCCCAAAACACAGCUGCAAGAAUAUCCACAACCGAAUCCACAAGGCCAGGAACACCUGGAAUAGAGCUGCCAGGAACACAUGGAUGACAGAUUCUUCUCUAAUGAAAUAUUCCUGAAGAUGAGAUACUGGUACGGCACAAUUUGCUCAACAAUUUCCUUUGAUAUUUAUUUAUGUUUAUAGUAUUUCUGUAUUUAUUUUUCUGAUAAUUACUGAAUGGUUUAUAAUCUUAAUAAUUUAUUUAUUUUAUAGAAUAUUUAUACAAACAUCACUUAUUAAUUUGUUUAUAUUAUAUAAUAUUUAUAAGAGUAUUGGUAUAUCGAUGAUGUAACAGUUGUUAUUUGAAAAGCAAUAUCAUUUUAGUUGUAAUUUUGGAGGUUUAGAGUUGAUGGUGGAACGGUCACGCUGAAUCGAUAGGCAUACGUCGUAUUGAACACACAACCCCAAACCCACCCCCCAUCACAUUUUUAUAUGCCCACAUGUCAUCAUUACCGUCUGUCGGUAGGUCAACAAUUAGGUAGUUCGCAUAAUAUACUAGCUCCUACAUUUCAGUGUAGGCCCACAUAUAUUACAAUCACAAAAUGAGAUUUUGAAAAUUAUUUCAGAUCAUGAUGUGCCACAUCUGACUAAAGUGGAUGCCAAGCGUGAUAUCUUUUUUUUUUUUAAACUGACCAAAAUUAAACCUUUCCUUAAAUGAGGCAAGUCUCUAACUCAGUAUCAUCCACAGUCUUCGACAUUGAUCUUGUUAUCUUACCUUGAAAACAUGGGCUUCUCAUAUCCAAUAUUUAAGACAAAAUAAACAUUUUAAAAUUGGGAAACGAAUCGCAUGCCAGAAUGCUUUCAAGCGGCAUUUGUAUUGAAGCUAAUCGGUGAACGAAGCUAAGCAUAUCCUACAAAGGAAUACUAUUGGCAUAGAUUAGAGUAACCAGAUGCCAAAGACUGCCAUUCAAUUUGUACUCUUUGUGUAUUUUGCCGAACAUAACUGGUUAGAAAUUACAGUAAAAACAGAAACGAAUGAAUGUAAAUCAGUUUAGAUACAUUCAUAUUUCAUUAUUAUAUGCGUUACGACCCAUUUGUGUCCAUUUCUAGGUGCCAAAGAAUAGAGAUUUAGCUCCUUUCAAAUGUCACAAUUGACAAAUGGUAGAAAAUUGAAAUAUAAAGGGUGUGGUAUAUGUAAAGUGACAUAUAUUUUUUAUCCGCCCACAUUUUCAUGUGGAUAUAUUGUCGUCACCCCUGUCCAUCCACAAUUUGUUUGUGGACACUCUACAGGUCACAAUUUUUAUCUGAUUUUGACAAAACUUGAAAUAUAGUUUAUCUCCCAAAGGUCUGGGUUCCUUUCGAAAUUUGCAGGUAUCGGACCGUAACUGCAUGUUUUUAGCUUGUGGACACUCUAGAGGUCAGAAUUUUUAUCCGAUUUUGAUGAAACUUGAAAUGUAUGUUUAUAUUGAUUCCUUUUGAUAUUCGCACAUAUUGACCAUAACUUCCUGAAUUAUGACCCCUGAUUGUAAGAAAUAUUGCGUCUUUAGCUUGUGGUCCCUCUAAAGGUCACAAUUUAAAAACGUUUAAAUAUAUCACGAUUACACCCUAAUGAUGAUUGAGUUUUAAUUUCCUGAAAAUCUGACCAAAACUGCCCGAAAAAAUGGCCACUCUUUGUUCCUUUCGAUUUUCAUGCAUAUCGAACUGUAACUUCCUGGAUUAUGAUGACCCCUCAUUGUACAAAAAAAUGACUUUUUUUAGCCUGUUCUCUGUCCAUCUCUUGCAAAAUGUGGGCAUAUAUUGCAUGGCAACCACUUGUUUUAUUAUUGAUCACUUACAUUAUAAAUAAAACAUACAUGAUAGCAUAUUAAUUGAACUAUGAGAUGUAAUAGUUUGUUUUGGGAUACAUGAAAUCGAUGGUUCAUGUAACCGCUUUAUGACCGACCUUUUCCACAUUCAACCACCAAAAAUAUUUGCCAUGCAAGAGAAAAGUUCUUUUGGUCAAUGAUUCUGAAAGAAUACACCUCUGGGCAUAUUUUAAAACCACAAUAAAUUUUCUAUCCCUGGGAAAACUACCACAGUUUAUUUUCUUGAUAAUUAUAUACCUGAAACAACACAGUAAUAGUCUCAAAAUGACUCAAUAUCAACAAUUGUUGAAAAAACAAAUUUUUUGGAAAUAUUGGCCAAAGUUUAGUAUUAAAGCGGCAGAUGUGUAGACUAUACUGUCAAGAUCUACCACAAUUAACCUUUUCUGAGACCUGGUCAUUUAUUUCUCUAGCACAAGUUUUUGUUUCAUUGUUCCCCUGCCUUGAUGGAGUUCGAUGAUGAACAUUGUCUACCUACUGUAAGCAGACAUAGGCAAUCUGAUCGGUUGAUGCUUUGGGUGAUGACUGAUGAAACUCUGAGUAUAGAUUCAUUAUAUCAUUACCUUGACUAAGUUCGAUGAUGAGAAUUUUCUGCUUAGGCUGAGAAGCAAUUUGAUUGGUCAAUACUUUGGAACAUAACAACUCUGCUUUUAAUUGAUGUAGAAUGUUUAAACUGGGUGCAGAUGUUCAUUAGUUGAGUUCAAGACUAACAUUUUGAACUAAACCUAAUUAAGCAGAGCUAAGCAAUUAUAUUGGGACAAGAUAACUUUGAUUCUAUCGGAUAGAGAGUGAUGAAACUUAGUGUAUAGUUGUUUAUCAGUUUGAUUGCUUGAUACUUUUGAAAAAAAAAAAAAUAUGCGAUUAACUAAUAUGUGUCAUCUAUUUAUUUUGGGAUUUUGGUGGGGGUCAUCAGCCUCACUGUUGGCUUCUUCAUUUUGUAAUCAUUUUUUUAAAAAUUGUAUCACUGGUUCAACAAACAAGCUUUGAAAUCGAAUACUUUAUUCGGCAAAUUAUCAUUCUGUCAUUGGUAUUUUUGAAAAAUAAUCGAAUUAAUUAUAAUUUGUGGAUCAUUGUUUACCCUUUAUCUCGAUUCUGGGCAGAAACAACGUUCAUACAUUUAUGUGCUAAUUAAAGCCUUAGAAGCCAAAUCUCUGCCAGAUUCAGACAACCAGAUUUAAAUAAACUGUGUCUGAUUCAAACUUUUUCCAAAUUUAAAAACUUUCCUCAGAUUAAACAGUUUGACUGAUGCUCCCCCCCACUUGAACUCAAACAUAGAUAGAUGAUGCUUUAAUUACUUGGAUAUUUAUCCCUGUUUAUAGAGCAAUCAAGCGGUUUACCACUCUGUUCAACCUGAGCAGAAGAUGCUCAUUAUCAAAGUCAUUUAAGUUAUUGAAAGGAAACACCAAGUUCAUGACUGUCAUUCAGUUAGAAUCAAAAGUCAGGAUCAAUCAACUUGCUUACCACUCCUCUUAACAGAAAAUUAUCAUUGUGUCUGAAAACUAAAAUUUCCAAAACAUCCACCGAAACAAUAAUUGACAAACAAUAAAGGAUUUCAUCAAAUCAAAAAAUAAAAUUGUGAGAAAAAAAAGUAACAUGAAAAAUAUAAUUUUUCAAACAAAUUUUUUGUGCUCAACAUACGGACAGCGAUGCAGACAUGGGGUUCGAUACACGGUACGGAGGGCAAUUCCACAGGACCGUUCCACCACUCUAAGCAAAAUAUAUUUCAAACAAAACACUAUUCAAAUAAAAACUGACACAACACUACCUUCUUAGAACAAACUCCACUUUAUAAUUUGUUAAUGUAAUAUGUCAUUUAUAAGGUCACUUCAUAAUUCUUUUAUAUUAUAGAAUCUUCAUAGAGCCGAAUUAAUAUUCAAGUAUAUUUUUAAUGAUGUAAACUCAAAUAAGUAUUUCUGUUGCAACAGAAUCAGUGUUUAGCCCAUUCCAUUAAUACAUCACAUUUUAUAACAAAAUAAUUUCCUUUUAUAAUUAAACAUAAUUUUGUAUGCGCAAUGCACAAAUAUAUGCCUUUUAUGAUGUCCAUAUAAAUAAUUGUUCUGUAAUAAAAUGUUCAAAUAUUGUCAA